AUGAGUGACAAACAAAAAGAUUCAUCAAGCUCUACUAAAGAUGUUCAAUUAAAUAGUAAUCCCAAUGAGGUAAGAUCUUUUGAAGAAUUGGAGCAUUGUCUCGAAGAGUAUGGAAGAUGUGAAGAUUGCCAACAACCAAAUACAGGAACUAAUUGGUGCAAAUCUUGUAAUGCCGAAAGAUUUAAAAGUAAAUUUGGCAGCUGGACAAGUGGUAAUAAAGAAAUUGACAAAUUUAUCCAGGAAAUACAACUUAAAGCAAAUGACAUGUAUGAACUUAUUGAAUGGGUUGAUUAUGACAAAUUUGAAAACAUAGAGUAUCUUGCCAAAGGGGGUUUUAGCACAGUAUUCAAGGCUACUUGGGCUGAUGGAUAUAUCAAGUGGUGGUCCAGCACAGAUCAAGAAUGGAGAAGAAGCGGUGUAGAUUCAUGGGGAAACAAUGGAUUUGUUUGUUUAAAAAGUUUCAACGAUUCCGCGAAUAUGACAAGCGAAUUUUUUGAAGAGGGCCUUCGUCCUAAAAUCAAAAAUCGAGUUCCUCAGCUGCUCUUGGAUUUGGUGAAUAGUUGCUUAGAUGCAGAACCUAACAAUCGGGUAUCCUCUAAAGAAUUGACUGAUAUUUUGACUCAAUAUUAUAAAGAUGUGCACGCUAAAAAUAAGGAGGCAAAAAUUUAUCAACAAAUCGAAGCAAUUGAAGCAUCUACUGAGUCUUCGGGUUACAAACCAAACAAAUCUACCAAACUAAAAUCUAAACAACUUGGACUCGUGCUUCCGGAUUUUGAUGAUUACACAUUCGAAGAUGAAGAUAACUAA